AUGCGAACGCUCCAGCUCUCUCCUUCGCGACAAAGCGCCGCCGCGGCGAACAAUAAUAAUAACAGUGCGACGAAGCGACAAAAGCGACGCUCUGUCGUAGUCGUUCGCCUCUCCGCGCGCGCGGAGAACGAUGAUGAUGGGAUGAUGAUGUCCACCCUCCCACUGAUAGAUAUCCAAUUUGAAGGGUUCAACUCCCCAGACAUUCCCGCUUCGCCAGGGAUCUACGCCAUCUAUAACGACAAGAAAGAACUUCAAUACGUUGGUUUGUCUCGCAAAAUAUCCGCCUCGAUUAAGAUGCACUGCUUUGAGCUACCGGCGGAGUGCGGGUUUGCAAAGGUUUUGCCCAUGGAGGAGGCGACGAAGGUGGAUUUGCAAGACGGGUGGAAGCGAUGGGUGAUGGCGCACGUUUCAGAGAGCGGAGGGAGUUUACCUCCUGGGAAUACUCCAAAGAAUGAGUUGUGGGCGGAUAGAAAGAAACGCGGUCCUUCAAAACCGAGUUUACGAUUGACAAAUGGUAUGACUCCGGACAUGUCGUUCGACGCGUUGAAACCGAAGAUUCAAGAGGCGAUUGACGAGCACAAGAUUGUAGCGUUUAUUAAAGGGACGAGGGAGGAACCGGAAUGUGGUUAUUCGCACAGAGUAGUCAACGCGUUGAACUCAUUGUUGCUUGAUUUCGAGACCGUGAAUGUAUUAGACGAUAAGUAUAAUCCGAACUUGUUGUACGUGAUGAAAGAGUUUAGCGAUUGGCCGACGAUUCCGCAAGUGUACGCGAAUAAGGAAUUUUUGGGAGGCCACGAUAUAAUCGUGAAGAUGUUUGAGAAAGGCGAGUUAAAAGAUGCUUUUAAAUAA